CCUCCGCAGGCGCACCUGACCUGCCUCCGCCGGGCGGGCCGCGGGGGUGGGGCUCCGAGGUCGGGGUACACUGACAGGCUCCCCGACAGCCUUCACCAGCUGGACCCCACCGCGCUCCUGAUGCUCCUUUUGGACCGCGACGGGCCGGAGCCCGUGCGCUCCGGGGCGCACGAGCUCGCGCUCUUCCUGACCCCCGAGCCUGGGGCCGAGGCGAAGGAGGUGGAGGAGACCAUCGAGGGGCUGCUGGUGAGGCUGGAGGCAUUCUGCGCUUUGACUGACGUGAUCAGGAGUGACACGUCGCAGAUCUUGGAGGAAGACAUCCCUCUCCUUAAGGCCAAGGUGAUGGAAGUUCGUGGCAUCUACACCAAAGUGGACCAGCUGGAGGCCUUUGUCAAGAUGGUGGGACACCAUGUCUCCUUCCUGGAAGACCACGUACUCCAGGCCGAGCGGGACCACGGGACCUUCCCUCAGGCCCUGCUGGGGUGGAGGUGGCUGGGCUCCAGGGGGCUCCCCUCCUUCAAGAACAAGCUGUCUACGCCGGCGCCCCCAACCUUCCAGCUGCCCACGUUGUACAGGACUGAGGACUACUUUCCAGUGGACGCCCGGGAGGCGGCGCCCCUGACUGCCAGCUGCGGUCACCAGCUGUGAGCCUCGCGGUCCUGCCCUCGGGGACGUUGAGAAGUGAGCCCCUGUGUGGGCAGCUUGGGUUUCUUCUGUUACCAUUGUUACCGAUUUCUUUGCUGAGAUUCCUCCCUUGCUUCACGGAAGGCCGCGGGGUUCGGAGAAGUGUUGGAACCUGCGUGCGGCAGGCAGCACCUCACUGUCUGCCAGCGUUUGGCGGUCAGGUCUGAGGAACCCCCAUGCCCGAGGGACAGUGGGGGCUUUCUAUUUGAAGGGCUUUGUGCGGAGCCACGGGGGACUCACCCCUCACUCGGUGCCACCUGGCUGUGUGGCACCAGGUCCCUCCCUGUUGGUUGCCUUGUCAUGAGCCUCAGUGGCCACUGGUAUGUGAAUCACAUUAAUAAAGGUGUCAAGAGCUCA